AUGCCUGGAAUUUCCGCAGUCAUUCGAAUACCAACUCAAGAGAAGAAAGUUCUGGAUGAGAAGAUAGGCAAGAUGGAACUCUUAGGGGCAACUGAGGUGGGCAAGGUUAAGAUAGAGAGCUCUGUCUACCGUUCCUUGAGUGAUCAAGUGAAAUACCGCACUUUUCAGAUUUUUACGAUGUCCGACUUUCCGGCCACUUGCUUUGUUGUUAACGAUGCAGAACCGGACAAGAUGCUCACCUGCGAUUUGGCAUUUCGAGAGGUCCCUGGUCUUUUGAAGGGUGUUUACGAGUACGAAAAGAAGCUUCAAGUGGAGGGGAAUGGCGUAAAGUACCGUCUUGGUGAUUUUUUUAUCAAUUUUAUGACUAUUUCAUUGGGUCAGAGCCCAACAAUCAAAGGUCUCCUUCUCGAGAUCUCCUUCCAGCCCACGUGUCCCCCUUCACUGAGCGGCGAGCUUCUGCGUACCUUUGGUCGACAGCACUUUCCGGAGCUCUUCGCCGGCCAGGUAGUACCGGUCUUUACACCCACCCUUAAAAAGGCCUUUGCGGAUAACUCGUCGCAGGAUGCGUUACCAAAACCCCCCAUAGAGAGACUCCUCACUGGGGAAGCCAUGGACUCCCUAUCGCGAGCCACUGCACGCGCCACUGUCGCGCAGUACAUUGAGCACUUCAGGGAAUUUCGGUCCCACUCUUGA